GCACCAUGGCACAUAGAGGAGCAGUCGUUGCCUCCCACUGUGCCUUGGUGAUGCUUCCCUUGGACAUGUUCCUGACGAUGGGAUUGAUGAUGAUGAUAGUGUUAGUAGAAAGCUUGGCGGAGACCCUGGACCCUUGAGUUUUUGCAGUUUUUGGAGGGCUAUGCAGCAGGACCAGGAACACCAUGGAGAAACUCUCAGUUGGCAUCUCCGAACUCAGCUGGAGCUCGGUGGCUUUACCCUUGGAUGUGAUCGUUAGCAAAUUCCGACUGCCGACCCUCGUGAAAGUGGGCAAAGGGGAGUACGUAGAAGGUGUGAAUGACCAGGAUGUUAUUCUGAUUCACUCGUGCCGCCAGUGGACCACAGUGACUGCGCACAGCCUGGAGGAAGGGCAUUAUGUCAUUGGCCCCAAGAUUGACAUCCCACUUCAGUACCCAGGGAAGUUCAAGCUGUUGGAUCAGGAUCGCGAUGUCCGUGAGCCCGUGCAGUAUUUCAGCAGCGUAGAAGAGGUGGCGAGUGUAUUUCCUGACCGUGUCUUUGUAAUGGAAGCCAUCACAUUCAGCGUCAAGGUGGUCUCCGGUGAAUUCAGUGAAGACAGUGAGGUGUACAAUUUUACCUUGCACACUGGAGAUGAGCUGACUCUUAUGGGCCAGGCAGAGAUCCUGUGUGCUAAGACAGUGAAGGAAAAGUCACGCUUCAAUACUAUCCUAAAGAAGUUUGGAAAGACUGGCACUCUCGGUAAACAGGUGAAGGGCAAGAUGCCCUGCUUGAUAUGCAUGAACCAUCGCACCAAUGAGAGUUUGAGUCUUCCCUUCCAGUGCAAGGGCAGCUUCAGUACACGGAGUCCACUGGAGCUACAGAUGCAGGAAGGGGAACACACAAUUCGUAGCAUUAUCGAGAAGGUACGACUGCCAGUCAAUGUAGUGGUUCCCACCCGCCCUGCUCGCAACCCUUAUGACCUUCAUGUCAUUAGAGAGGGCCAUCGGUAUAAGCUGGUGAGCAUCAUCUCUAAAACUGUGGUGCUUUGUUGCCUCCUGCGAAAAGUGGAAGUGAAUCCCUUCCACUUUCUUCUUCUCACAGACAUGCCACGCUUUUCUCUACCUGAGGGUCUUCUCUGUGGAGACCCACACUUUGAUAAAUUAGUGAGAGACUGCUCUCUUUUUUGCCAAGAACAGAGGUUCAACCCAGAUGAGUAUUCCAAGGCUGUUCGAGAAACUAAGACAGACUUUACAGAGGAAUGUGCCAGUCCUAGAAAAAUUCGUGUCUGCCUUCAGGGAUUUUCUACAGGCUCCAUUAACUACACCAGAGAGGAACUGAGCCAGGGUCUUCAGCGUCUUUCAUUGUGUGUUUACAGUGGAACACUUCCAGACAAUCCCAGUCCACCUGACUGCCGUGAGGCUCAGAACCAGGGUUUGGGCUCUUCAUCUGAUAACUCAGACCUUGACCAGGAGUACAUGACUCCUGAUUGGGUGGAACAAGAUUUUAGGACUCAGGAUCAGCUUGAGAUUCCCUAUGAGGAACUUUGGACCAACCAGACCUCUGAGAAUUACUCAGAACCCAGCAGUCAACCUGUUGAUUUAGAGUGUGGUAACAAGGUCCAGCAAGACCUCAUCUCUUUUGUGACAUCUUCUCCCAUGGAAGGAAAAGGAAAUGCAUGUUCUCCACCAGCCUUAACUACUGAGGAGAAAAGGGAAGAAAAUCCUCCCCCUGUCCCUCCAAAAUCAGAUGCAGUAAGAGAAGAAUGUCGUCUUCUCAAUGCUCCCCCUGUACCUCCACGUGGUGGGAGACUGUAUUCUGCAUCAUCCAGCCCACCCGUUCCUCCUCGGCUUCCAAAAGCACAGAUUCCAGCGACACAUUCUCCUAAUCCGAGCCUAUCAUACUACUCUUCUGGGCUCCAUGACAUAUCAGGAACUCGCAGUGGAAGUGGCUCUCCUUCUCCAGAUUCUUACUCCUUGUACUGUUACCCCUGUACAUGGGGAGAUUGCAAAGCUGGUGAUGCUUCAAGCCGCCAGAUGUCAGGGACCAUGGCUUCCACCUCCCAGCCUACUCAGACAUCAUGGUCAGAAUCUUGGGCCUAUGCUGAUACAGGUCCGAGUGUUGCAAGUGGAAGAUCUACCCCCCUCUUGAGCACAGAUACCACCAUUAAAACCUACUACAGCUGCCCAAGGCUGAAGCCCCCUCAGACCCCAAAACGAUUUGCCCCCUUUGGAGCCUUGAAUCCAUUUGCCAAUCCAUCCUUUGCUUCAACACCCUUAUCUUCAGGGGAAUGGUUGGACCCCUUGGAAACCAAGAAAUCGCCCUUAUCUUCUGCAUCUGAUGCCAUUGAUCCUUUUGAUGUGAGUAAUAGCCAGAACACCUCACCGGAUUCUGCCUCUAUUGGAUCUGAAGUACAAUUCAUGCCAGAGUCCAUCUUUAAAUCAGGAGGGACAGGUUCAUGUCCUGCACCUCCACCUCGACCUACAAAAGGCUUUGAGACUGAAAAUAUUGUCAUAAGGAGCACAGCACCACUAUCCCCUACUAUUCUACGGGGAGCAGAAGGGGGCAUCACAAGAGUUUAUCUGACCCAAGGAGUAAUUGAAGUCCCACCAAUGUCCUCUAGAAAUAGUUCCAAUACAUCAUCUACUCACACCCCAGGAAUACCUAGACUCCCAGGAGAGCCACACGCUUGGCACCCUCCCUCCGACCUAUCGACUCUAUCAGUGGAGGAGGUGUCUCGCUGUUUAAGGUUUAUUGGUCUCUCAGAGGAUGUAGUGACAUUUUUUGUGAGGGAGCGUAUUGAUGGAAGCAUUUUUGUUCAACUGACAGAGGAAAUCCUGUCUGAUGACUUCAAACUCACCAAACUCCAAGUGAAAAAGAUCAUGCAAUUCAUUAAAGGCUGGAGGCCGAAGAUAUGAACGAUGUCCUUCACAAUGGACAUUUGGCUAAUACACGCAGAUCGGUAGUCCCAUGGCUAGAAACAGAGGGUUAUCAUUAAAAAAAACUUCUUUCUACCUACAAUUUUUUGGGGUUAUAACUCUAUUUUUACCUAACAUUUGAUCCUUCCUGUGGUAUACAUAGCACAAUUUGCACAAAAUAUAAAAUAAUUUUAAAGUUGAUUUGUUUCUGUUUGCGUCGAAUGCUGAGCUGCUAAAAUAGAGGCUCUGUAUCAGAUCUAAACUUGACAUAAAAUUGUAUUCUAA